AUUUCGUGGGACAGAGAGAGUACUAUUCAUAUAAAGUUAGACGACCAGAAUAAUGUAAGAGGUAACAAACUAAUAAUCUGUUGCAUUUCUGAUCCCCUUAUACAAAUCCGUAGUAAAUUAAUUAAUAAAAAGUUAAGAAAAAAACUAGUUGCAUUGACAUAAAGGCAUCGAGGAUUGCACUAUAAAAGCAACACCCACGCUAAGCCACACUACCUACACCUUAUUAGUAUUCUUAAUUACCCCUUUGGAGUUCUGAACUGCCCUAACUUAGCUAAAACAACAAAAAGAGAAAGAGAGAGAGAAAUCAGCAGAAAGCUGAGAACACAAGAUCAGAAAAAUCUUUCUUGUUCUUCUUCUAUUUUUUAGGCCCACAAAAACAUACAUACUCUUACAUACCAAUAUCUAUCAUAUGGAAGAAGGGAUGUCAGGCUUUUGCAUCCAAACUACAAAGACUACUAUGGCUGCUUCUUACGGAAGCGGCGGCGGGGGGCCGCCUAGUAGCGGCACCAAGUGCGGGCGCUGGAACCCGACCGCGGAACAGGUUAGGGUUCUUACGGACUUAUUCAGGUCAGGGCUUCGAACACCGAGCACUGACCAGAUCCAGAAGAUAUCUACUCAGUUGAGCUUUUAUGGUAAGAUUGAGAGUAAGAAUGUUUUCUACUGGUUUCAAAACCAUAAGGCUAGGGAGAGACAAAAACGACGUCGUGUUUCUAAGGAUCAUGAUGCUCCUUGCUUUCAACUUGAUGACCAUCUUAAACCUAUUGCUCCUGCUAAAUAUUUUGGUGAGAUAAAUCAAAUUGCAUGCGAACCGGAACGAGCAAUUGAAACACUUCAACUCUUCCCAUUGAACUCAUACCAUGAACAAGAGUCCGAUAAGCUAAGGAUGUUCUCAAAUGACUGCUGCAAGGAGAAUUAUGCAACAUUUGCUGCAUACACAUUUGGAAGAGAUCAUUUCGAUCAUCCCCCUUUGGAUUUGCGCUUAAGUUUCUUCUAAUUAAACCAAUAGUUAAUUACUGUUAUUACUAGAAGCACACUAAUUACUAGCUAGAUUAACAUAAACUAUAAAAACAUUAAGAUAGAAACAAAUAUAUUUCCUUUUAAAAAGGUAGGAACUAUGGUAUUAUGUUAUGCUUUUUUUUCAAAUUUCAACUUGUUUAUUGUAAUUUGACGUUUGAUAUUGUAAUUAGUGCAUGCAUGCAUGGCACUGAGAUGAAAUUAUAUGUAGAAAAUCGAUGAAGUUAUGGAAAUUAACG